GGCGCGCCGGUCCCUCCCGGCAAGAUGGCAACCCCGGCCGCCGUCAAUCCUCCGGAAAUGGCUUCAGACAUCCCUGGAUCUGUGACCUUGCCUGUUGCCCCCAUGGCGGCCGCUGGACAGGUGAGGAUGACAGGAGCCAUGCCUGCCCGAGGAGGAAAGCGGCGAUCAGGAAUGGACUUCGAUGAUGAAGAUGGUGAAGGUCCCAGUAAAUUUUCGAGAGAGAAUCACAGUGAGAUUGAGCGGCGCAGGCGGAACAAGAUGACUCAGUAUAUCACGGAGCUCUCCGACAUGGUUCCCACCUGCAGUGCCCUGGCUCGGAAGCCAGACAAGCUCACCAUACUGCGCAUGGCGGUUUCACACAUGAAGUCCAUGAGGGGCACCGGGAACAAAUCCACUGACGGCGCAUACAAGCCUUCCUUCCUCACUGAGCAGGAACUGAAGCAUCUCAUUCUUGAAGCCGCUGAUGGAUUUCUGUUUGUGGUGGCAGCUGAGACAGGAAGAGUAAUCUACGUGUCUGAUUCCGUCACUCCUGUUCUGAACCAGCCACAGUCAGAGUGGUUUGGGAGCACCCUCUAUGAACAGGUACACCCUGAUGACGUGGAGAAGCUGAGAGAGCAGCUGUGCACUUCAGAAAACUCCAUGACAGGCCGCAUCUUGGACCUAAAGACUGGGACGGUGAAGAAGGAGGGACAGCAGUCAUCAAUGCGCAUGUGCAUGGGCUCUCGCCGCUCCUUCAUCUGCAGGAUGAGGUGUGGAAAUGCUCCCCUAGACCACCUGCCUUUGAACAGAAUAACCACCAUGCGGAAAAGAUUCAGGGCUGUGGCCGGAGUGGCAGGUUACAAGUCACAAAUAGCCCCAUCAGUAACUUUGGGCUUGUUGUUGAUGCUGGCAUGUCUCAUUUCAGGAAUGACCAUCCCCGAAGAAGACGCUGAUGUAGGGCAAGGCAGUAAAUAUUGCCUUGUGGCCAUCGGGAGGCUCCAGGUGACCAGCUCUCCUGUGUGCAUGGACAUGAGCGGCAUGUCGGUGCCCACAGAGUUCUUGUCCCGGCAUAACUCCGAUGGGGUCAUCACAUUUGUGGACCCAAGAUGCAUCAGUGUGAUUGGCUACCAACCCCAGGACCUUCUGGGAAAGGAUAUUUUGGAAUUCUGCCACCCUGAGGAUCAGAGCCACCUCCGGGAGAGCUUCCAGCAGGUGGUUAAACUGAAGGGCCAAGUGCUGUCGGUCAUGUAUCGGUUCCGCACCAAGAACCGGGAGUGGCUGUUGAUCCGUACCAGCAGCUUCACCUUCCAGAACCCCUAUUCCGAUGAGAUUGAGUAUGUCAUCUGCACCAACACCAAUGUCAAGCAGCUUCAACAGCAGCAGGCAGAACUGGAGGUACACCAGCGAGAUGGGCUGUCGUCAUACGACAUAUCUCAGGUCCCUGUACCCAACCUACCUGCCAGUGUUCAUGAGGCGGGGAAGUCUGUGGAAAAGGCAGAUGCCAUCUUCUCCCAAGAGAGAGAUCCUCGUUUCGCUGAGAUGUUUGCGGGCAUCAGUGCGUCGGAAAAGAAGAUGAUGAGCUCAGCUUCGGCAUCAGGCAGCCAGCAGAUCUACUCCCAAGGAAGUCCAUUCCCUGCCGGGCACUCGGGCAAGGCCUUCAGCUCUUCUGUGGUCCAUGUGCCUGGAGUGAAUGACAUCCAGUCCUCCUCCUCUACGGGCCAGAACAUAUCCCAGAUCUCCCGGCAGCUGAACCAAGGCCAGGUGGCAUGGACAGGCAGCCGUCCACCCUUCCCAGGGCAGCCCAGCAAGACGCAGUCAUCUGCCUUCGGGAUUGGAUCGGGCCACCCCUACCCUGCUGACCCUUCUUCUUACAGUCCUCUCUCCAGUCCAGCGGCCUCCUCGCCCAGUGGAAACGCCUACCCCAGUCUGGCCAACAGGACUCCGGGGUUCGCUGAGAGUGGACAGAGUGGCGGGCAAUUCCAGGGCCGGCCCUCGGAGGUCUGGUCUCAGUGGCAGAGCCAGCACCACGGACAGCAGAGCGGUGAGCAGCACUCCCACCAGCAGCCUGGCCAGACUGAAGUGUUCCAGGACAUGCUGCCCAUGCCGGGGGACCCGACACAGGGGACUGGCAACUAUAACAUCGAGGACUUUGCUGACCUGGGCAUGUUCCCUCCGUUCUCUGAGUAGCUUCAGGCAAAGCCAGGCUCCUACUGCCCAGGCUCUGUUCUUGUCAUGGCAUAGAUGCUCAUGUCCAAAGGGACCACCCCUACCCACCCAGCUUGCCCUGCUGGAGAGUCCCCAGAAGCCACCCUGACUUCCCGUCUCCCUGGAUAUGGCAUCAUCUGUCUGGCUCUAACCCACAGGCCUGGCUUCUUGGGUUUGGGAUCUUUGUAUUUAUUGUACUUUAUCUGUGUGCUCAGAAUGGGGCCUCCAGGGUCCUUAAAUUCCAUUGUGAAUAAUCUCCUCAUGGACAGUGUGCACCCACCAAGUUUGCAAUGGCUGCAGCACCAGCAAGUCUGCCUGGUGCAGAGGCUGGGUUUCUUUCUGCUUUUUCACAGCUGCCGCUUAGGGGCUUCAGGUCGGGCUAAUAGGCAGUAACCUCCACAUCCUGUGCUGGAGCCAGGAGCACUGGGACUUGAGACUUUGUCCACACGCUGUCCUGGAUAGCCUGAGGCCAGGUGUGUUUUGUGCAGCGAGAAUCAAAGUUGUGACUUGGUGGAUGUACUGUGACGUGUUGGUGUGUGUGGCCAGUGAGUGGGAGAAGCUGUCCCCAGUCAGCUGCAUUUCAAAGGGCAGCUUGACAGGGGCCUGGGAGCUGGGCUGACAGGCCAACCCUCCAGCACUGUCCCCAGGAGUCAGGGCUGGGGAGCUGUUCACUCUGUAAGUCAGUUCUUAGGUCCUCUGACCCUUUUACAGACAGCCUCCACGUCAAGCUUUUAGCCCUUCCUCCUUGCAACCUAUGAGAGCUCUCACUCUUCCCUUACUAGGCCUGAGGGACAAUGUCCUGAUUCCACAGAGGUCACUGCAUUCUCCCUGCUCUAUAGCAGAGCCGAGCUGUUUCCUGCCCAACACCUCCAGGAAGUCACACCUGGCCCUCUGUACAGGGUUACACCUCUCAGUGUCCCUGGCAGCUUCUGCUCAGUAACCGAGGAAGAUGGGGCCACAUUGUGGGUGGGGGAGGGUGCUCUGAGCCCCUUGAGCCUUGGUUCUCAGCAGACAGAAAAGCCAGGUGUACCUCAGAAGGGACACAGACAGGCCUUGGAGGCCGGGGACCCGACUCUGGGCACAUUCUUACAGUGGUCUUACGGAGGAACUACGAGCUAACCGCUAGAAACUUCUGCCUGGCUUAUCUCUGACAACAGAGUCCCUGUGUCAGUCAGAAUAAAGACACCCCAAUUUCAGGUCCCGCCGCUCCUCCCCCAUCCCAUGUGCCGUGGCGAGUGCUGCCCGCCUCCCUUCACUUAAUCGAGCCCCAUCUUAAGUAAUCCAUGGCCAUGGAUCAGCCCACUAAUGCCCAGGUGUGAGAGAAGCCACCAAGGCCUACCCAGGCCCUGGGGCCCUCCUGAGCUCUUUCAGAAACAUGGAGGCUAAGCUCUCAGACCAGCCCUGCCUUGCUGCCUGGCUCCUGGGAUGCUGGGAGUCCAUAGGUUCCAGGACUCAUGAGAGCAGAAUGAACAUGUGGAUUAAAGGCUCCAGAGACUGCCAGUGCAUUCCAACCUCAGCGUUGCCUGCCAUCCAGGGCGUACUUGGGUUUUUACAGGAUUCACCUGCAAUCUCUACUUCACUCAGCAGAAUGCCCUUGGUGAUCCCUGUCCCUGACAAACUCUGGCCCCAGAGGUCCUCAGACAGCUUGAGCCCUUCCGUGAAGAGUAAUAACACAGCCUGAGGUUCACCCCAGCCUCAGAAUCCCGCGUAGGUCUCCUAUGUUCGCUGUCUGGUGCACCUUCUGUCCCCAGCAGCCUGGAGCUGGCCUCAGGUGGUGAGCAUAAGUUAGAAAAGAGAAAAAGGCCCAAAGCUAAGCUCAGGAGUGGAGAAUCCUUUUCAGGGAUGACAACAGCCAUGGCCUUUAGCUUGCGAGUUAAGAGGUGUAGGAGCUGUGGGUUUGGUGUUUUUACUUUGGAGGAAAGUUGGGGCUUUUCUUGGGUAUGUGACACGUUUACAUAGGCUGUCACUCCCCAGUGUGAGCUCACCUGCUUUGUGAUGGCUACGGCCUAUCACACAAGCAAAAACAAGUCAUUUGCUAACCAACGGAAGCAAGGCUAAAUUGCAACCCUCUCUGUAAGUGGCCGUGGGUUGCUAUGUCCUAACUUGCCAGUCCACCCAACCCUAUCCUGCCAAGCUGAUGCUCACCUGAAGUGCCACCACCAGGGAAACUGAAGCAGGAAAGGUCGUGAGCUUUGGAGUUCAAGAUCUACUUGGGUGACAUCAUGAGACCAAUCUCAAAAAUAUAUAGCUGAGCCGGGCAAUGGUGGCGCACGCCUUUAAUCCCAGCACUCGGGAGGCAGAGGCAGGCGGAUCUCUGGGAGUUCGAGACCAGCCUGGUCUACAGAGCUAGUUCCAGGACAGGCUCCAAAAGCCACAGAGAAACCCUGUCUCGAAAAACAAAAACAAAACAAAAAAAUAUAUAUAUAUAGCUGAGUAACUUGGCCAUAUUCCAUGUGCUGAGGCGUCACCAGCUACCUGGCUGCUCGCUUCCUCCAUUGCCUAGAAUCUGAGACAGCUUUGAAGAGAGAGCUCACAGGGCAUGAGCAACACUUCCACAUGUGACGUGCCAUGCCUUGCACCCUGAGCUGGGGUUUGUUGAGGCAACCUGCACAGUCUUGUGGAUAUUGGCUGUAGCAAAACGGAGCUGUGCAGAGACCAUGCAGGGCCCAGCAGUUUGCUUUGUCUAACCACCCAUCUGUGUCCUUAAAGAGGAAACUCACAAGCAGGCUUCCGUGGGCAGCAAGCACUUAUUCAUCUCUCAUUUAGCCUUUCUUCUUAGGGAUGUGAACUGUGCCGUGGGUAAAUCAUUUGUAUUUCUUGAGCGUUCUGUAUGACUAACAGGUAUUAAAGUCACUGGGUAUAUGUGUAACUAAUGUAACUGCCUUUUAAAUUUUCAUUACAAUAAAAAAUGACUUUGCUCUGAGCGGCGA